AUGGAGCGGAUGAUCGUCAGCAUGCAGGACCCCGACAUGGGCAUCAAGAUGAGGAACCAGCGCCUGCUCAUCACCGUCAUCCCCCACGCCAUGACAGGGAAUGACAUCGUGGAGUGGCUCAUCCAGAAGUACAGCAUCUCCGAGGAGGGUGAGUGCCCCUGUACCCCCUAUUUCUGGACCAGCACCAAGUGGCCGGCCACGGAGCUGGACUACGCCAUUUACCUGGCCAAGAAGAACAUCCGCAAGCAGGGUGACCUGAUCGAGCAUGAGAAGGACAACUACAACCUCCUGCACAAGCGGAUCAACCACACGUGGGACUUCGUGGUGAUGCAGGCGCGGGAGCAGCUCCGGGCGGCCAAGCAGCGGCGGAAGGGUGACCGCAUCGUCAUCGACUGCCAGGAGCAGGCAUACUGGCUCGUCAACCGGCCCCCGCCGGGAGCCCCCAAUGUGCUGGAGCAGGGCCCCGCACGCAGGAACUGCCACAGCACCCGCAUCCAGCUGAACAUGGAUUACUACAAGCGGGAGAUCGAGUACUGCAGGAAGGCCAUGGCCAGGACGAGGGUGAAGUCCUCCAUCUGCCUCGAGGGGGUGCCGACCCCCACGAAGCUGCGCGUGGAGCGCUGGGGCUUCAACUUCAGCGAGCUCCUCACUGACCCCCUGGGCCGGGCGCAGCUCCUCGACUUCCUCAAGAAGGAGUUCAGCGCCGAGAACCUGAGCUUCUGGGAGGCGUGCGAGGAACUGCGCUACGGGGAGCAGUCCCGCAUCCCCGAGAUCGUGGACUCCAUCUACCAGCAGUUCCUGGCUCCCGGGGCCACGCGCUGGGUGAACAUUGACAGCAAGACCAUGGAGCGGACGCUGGAGGGCAUCAAGACGCCCCACCGCUACGUGAUGGAUGACGCCCAGAUGCACAUCUACAUGCUGAUGAAAAAGGACUCCUACCCACGGUUCCUCAAGUCGGAGCUCUACAGGAACCUCCUGGCCGAGGCCGUCAUCCCUCCGGAGACCAAGAAGCGGGUCUUCCCCUUCAUGCGCAAGCAGCGGCACUCCAGCCCCAGCCCGGCCCUGCUCCUGCCUGCGGGCGACGCCGAGGAGAGGAGCAGGGGCCCUGUGGCUGACCCCCCACGCUCCCGGCUCUGCCCCAGCCGGCGGAAGGGCAGCCUGAACCUAGCCCUCACAACCCCGGUUCUGCAGCGCUGGCGCAGCCCGUGA